AUGCCUCCCCUCCCCAAGACUCGUUCCCGCACGUCUACCCCCGCCACUGCACCCGUCCCCAAGGCGUACCGCUCCUCACGGCCUCCCCAGCAGGCGCACUUCCCCGGCCGCACCAAGAAGAUCAAGACAUACGGCCGCAGCUCGUCGGCAAGGACCGCGCGGCAGCAGACCCUGACGCAGCUCAACUAUGUGAUCCCCACGCAGGAGGAGGAACAGGACAUGGACGUUCUCGUGGGCGACUCGCCGGUUCGGGGCCAGAAGCGCCGGAGGACCAUGGGGGACAGUCCGACGUCGUCGUUUCACACGCAGACCCUCACGCAGCUCAUGUCGGUCAAGGGCGAGGAGUCGGACCAGGAGCACCUACUCAAAAUUAAGGAUUCGGAGGACGAGGGUGGCUUUGGUGGCUUCGAUACCGACGACGACGAUAAUGAGGAGAAGAUUGUGCAGGACUCUAUGAAAGAAGAGGACUCUAUGAAAGAGGAGGACAAUGAGACCCAGGUCAAGACGGAGAGCAGGGAGAUCUCCGUGGUGCCACAGACGCCGGCCGGCAAGCGCAUCAAGACCGAGAUCCCAUCUUCUCAGCCCACGCCCUUCACGCCGAUGCUCGAGAGGUACACCCCCGGCGGCGACAUGAGAUCUCCGCUGAAAGAGAGGUCGACCAAUGUCGGCGCGCCGCUAUCAGCCGAGAAGAUACUGUCCAAGACGCCGAGAACUCUGGUCAUCGAAGACUCGUUCUGCACAGUGCCGAGCACGACGCACAGCGAGGACCGUCCGUCACCGGCACACAGGACCCCCCUGAAAGAGCUGCGGCCCUCACAGGUGCGAGCACGCGUGAACCUCGAGCUUCAAGCGGCGGGGACGGACGAGAAAAGGAGCUCGCAGGACGAGAUUCCCGACUCCGACGACGAAUGGGGUAGUCUGGGGCCGACGCCUCAAAAGUCAGAUCUGAGUAGUGAUAUACCCGAUCCGGGCACACCUACUCCUCGGCCUCGAGAGCGACCGACUGCCCGGUUCACAACCGAAGAAACUCGGAUCCCCCCAAGCCCGGUCGCAAAUGAGAGCACAGAAGUUCAAGAGGACGAAGAAGACGAAGAACCCACCGUCCUGGACUUGCGCACAUCAAGCCUGUCGCCACUUGCGAGGAAGCAGCAGACCAUCAUAUCGAGCAGCGCCGAUAUCGAGAGGGAAACGCCGAUUUCUUCCCCCCCGAGGGCCCCUUCAUCUUCUCCCAAGGCUCCUCCGAACCGCACGCCUGUGAAGCACACCCCCGCCAAAAGCCAGUUUUUCAGCCAGGGUCUCGAGAGCCAGCGAGUCCCGCUGGAGAUCAUCCAGUCCCUGGGCCCCGUGGAGCACAAAUCCGACAUCAUCAUCUCCGUCCACCCGCAGCACGUAGACAGCAUCGUCAACGGCACCAAGAGCCACGAGUUCCGCAACUACCGGAUCCCGCCCUCGGUCAGCAGGUUCUGGAUCUACACCACCAGGCCCGCCUGCCAGCUGCGGUACAUGGCCCACGCGGGCGCCUUCCAGCGGCCCGGGCAGAUCGACGGCGGCAGCGGGGUCGGCAACGCCGAGUUCAACGCCGGCAGGGGCGCCAAGUACGCCUACGAGCUGCGGCAGGUGUACGAGCUCAACAACCCGGUCUCGCUCGACGUCAUGCGCCGCAACGGCUGGGUCGAGGCCCCGCCGCAGACCUUCUGCUACGUCCCGCCCGCCGUGGCCGGCCAGCUCCUCGGCAACCUGCGGUGCGCGCUGUUCGACGACGGUGGCGGCGGCAGCAACGCGCUGCUGCAGCAGCAGCAGCAGAGCAUCGUGGACAUGUCGAUAUCGCAGGAGGUCGAGGCGCAGCUCAAGAGCGAUAUUGCUCACUCGACGCAGCAGCCGCAGCAGCAGCAGGCCCCUUCCUCCCCGCCCUACGGCGCUCAGCACGCGAUCCUGGUGCCCUCGAGCCAGGGCCAGGAGCCCCCCGGCACGGCUCUGCCCUCCUCGCUCAAGACGGAGGGGACUUCGUUGUUUGCCCGCCCUUCGCUGCCGGCGAGUAAGACUGGCUCGAGCAGCCAGCGGAGGCCGACGACGGCGGCGGCCUCGGGCUACGUGCGUCCCUCGCAGGCGACGACGGCGAGCCAGCCGUCGAGCCAGCAGGUGCCCCUCUCGCCCGAGAAGUCGUCCGUCCCGCGGCCGCAGACGGUGCUGUCGAGCAUCCCCCCUUCCUUCCCCGAGGAUCUGCUGGACGACGGCGACGACGACGACGACGGCGAGGGCCCGCUGCGCCGCGGGGCCGAAGAGGAGGCGUCUGGGCUGCCGUUCUCCAUGGGGUCGUCGUCGCAGCUCGUGCUGCCGGACAGCUUGUACGAGGACGUUAGGAAGCCUCCUGUGCUGCUGGACUCGGAGGACGAGGACGAGGAUGAGUGA